AUGCAAAUUUGUGGACAAAGAGCGAGUCGAUGGAAAUUCGACGUGGCUCUUGUGCCGAUCGCUUUUUCACCGUUGAGCGGUCGGUUUUCAGCCCCACAAACGUGGACUGAGCAAAAACUGGACUAAACUUACUGUCGCUGAUCUUGUAAGUCAACUUUUUUAUUUUUUUUUGUGAAAUCAAGCCUUAGGGCUUUUUUUGGGUUUUUUGGUCUUCAGUUAUUAUUGUGGUAAAUUUCAGUGUUAAAUUAUUGGCGUUUUAAAUUUUUAAAAAAUUAUUUUUGAAAUUUUAUUUUUUGAUUGUAUUAGGUUUAAAAACUUCUUUUUUAGUUAUUAUUGACCCAAAAUUUGGAUUUUUUAAAAAUUUUAGAGUAUUUUAAAGUUAAAUAGGUGUCUUGCAUCUUACAAAGCCAAGAUUACAGUCUAGUAGAUUCAAAAAUAAGUUUAGAAGUCAAAAAAUUGGUUUAGUUUCAUCAAUUUUAAAUAGACUUCAAAUUGUUUAUUUGUAAGAUUAUAGAGACCAUAUUGUUCUGAUGAGCUGUUGUUUAUAAGCUAAGAUAAAAUAAUGUCACUUUGAGCUCUAAAAUUGUUCUUGAAACUUUUAAAUUAACUUUGAAAAAGACUUAAAUUGUAACAUUAUCGCUUGAGGGCUUGAUUUUUCAUUAUUCAACAUUUAAAUUUCUACAUUACUACUAAAAUGAGCUCUAUUAGACGUAGUAAAAUGAAAAUGUUACUGUAAGUUUGGCAUUGUAAACCUCAAAAAACUUUUAAAUUUUAUUUUUCAAAGUUACAGUAAAACUCCUGUAUAAUAAAAUUUUGAUUUCAGCACGAUUAACGCGGACCUCAACUACCAACGUGCUGUCGAGAAGCACAGAAGGAGCCGUUCGUUAUCGGUGCAACGCCUCUACAAGUGGUGCUCCAAGCGUCUCAGCUCCAACAAGUCGAGCAAGAAAGGUUGGUUUUGACAGUUCUUUUGAAACUUUUGUUAACUUUUGACAUUUCUGUAGUUUUUCAUGUCUAAAGCCCACUCCCUUUACAAAUCCAGUGAUAAUAGUUUCCUCUCGUCAUCUCAUUGUUUCAUUUUUCAAACUUCAGGCAACGACCCAAAGCCGGAAACCAGCACAAUGGCAGAAGUCGCGCCAGCACCUGCCGCUGCAGCCCCCACCAAAGGCGACCGACUGCCACAAAGCGGCGAAACCGUCAAAUCCGACUCGAACAAGACCUACAACCUGAAGAAGAUCCUGGGCGAAGGCGGGUACGGCACUGUCUACGAAGCAAGCGACAUUGACAGCAGGUCGUACGCGUUGAAGGCCGAAAAGUGGAGUAAAACGGUGCUGAAGAUCGAGAUUGGCGUGCUGAAAGCGACGAAUGCGCGGAGUUGUCGGCAUUUCUGCACCAUCUAUGAUGUGGUAAGUAAAAUUUUAAAAAAUUUUAAUUUGAAAAAUUAUUUUUUUUUUAAUUUUCAUACCUAAAAGCUUCAAAAAUCGCACAUUUAUCAAACUUUAGGGCCGCUGUUCCCCAGACUACAUGUUCAUCGUGGUCACCCUUCUCGGGCCGGACAUUGCCCGCCUAAGGAACGAUCAGCCGGACCGAAAGUUUUCGAUUGGAACGGCGCUGCGGGUGGGGAUGCAAACGAGUGCGGCUAUUGAGGAACUGCAUCGCACCGGAUUCAUUUCGCGCGACGUGAAACCGGGCAACUUUGCGAUUGGCAACAAGGACGAAGAUCAGCAUCGGAUCGUGUACAUGUUCGACUUUGGGCUCUCAAGGCGAUAUGUGGACAAGGUGAGGUCUUUAAGAUUUAGAGUUGAGGUAUUGUACUUUUCGUGGUAGCUAUAUUAUGAAAUUGUACCAUUUUUUCUAAAGUGUUACCAGUUUUUACAAAAAUGGUACCAAAGUUUCAAUUUGCUUGGCCCUUUUAGCUGUACUUUUCUAGGCACUUCAUAUUAGGUUGUUCAAAUAAUUCCGAGCCCCCAAACCCCGGAAAUCUGAUUUGAGAGGGGACACAUAAUUAUUUGAACGACUUAAUAGUAGAACAACAAUAAGUUAUUGUAAAGUAAUUUUAGAACUUCAACGUGCUACCGCCGCGCAAAGACCCAGGAUGGCGUGGUACCACACGAUACGGGUCGCUCCAAGCUCAUCAAAAGCUCGACCUCGGCAGGAAGGACGAUUUUGAAAGUUGGUUAUACAUGGUGAGUAUCUUUUCGUAUCUACUACAAUACCCUCAAACCCUUCUUUUUUCGAAAACUGCUAAAGCAUUAGUAAUAACAUAACCUUUUUUUUCCGUUUUGCAUACAACUACGUACUACAAUAUCCCCUGAACCUAAUAAAAUCCCAAUUUUUAGUUGGUAGAAAUCACCAAAGGCUCCCUACCCUGGCGAAUGGUGACCGAUCGUGCAAAAGUUCAAGAUUCCAAGACGAGUGCUCGUACCACAGCACGAGCCUCGUUCUUUGCCGGAUGCCCGAAACAGUACGACAAACUGAUGGACAUGAUCGACAAGCUGGCGUUUGAUUCCACUCCACCCUACUCGGACUUUCAAAAGGUUCUGUUGGAGGUAAGGGGAUUGGAAUUUAAAGUUUUUUGGGGGUCGCUUUAACAUUCACCAUAAUAUAACCUUAACAUUAACCAUAACAUAUGCAAAUUUCAGGGCUGCGAGGAGAACAAGAUCCCGAUCGGGUCAAAGUACGACUGGGAAGGCGACUGCACCUCGUCGAUUCACACGUCCGUCACGAAAAGCUUGGACAAGAGUCCGUCGGAUCAGCAACGUGCCAACAAUCAGGAACGUCCCACCAAGCUGGACGUCUAA